CAAAUAGUGCGAGGCAAAAUGGCGUCUACUCUACAAAAGUUGCAGCGUUUGUCUGCACGGUGGCCGGUUGACAAGACCAAACAGGGUAGAGACUUAGGAGAAUACAUAAGAAAUCAAGUAAACUCAUUGAGAGAAAGUAACAGUAAGGAUUCUAAGGAGUUGGAAAGAGCAUAUCAAGCGUUGAAGUUGAUACAUUCAAACCACUUCCGGAAUAAGUAUCCACGACUUAAGGAGAUUGCGUUUACAGGGACGCUAGCGAAAGAGAAUCCGUGGCUCCUCUCAAAUGAGACACAAGACAAGAUGCAGAGACGUACAAUAUGGGAUAGAGUGCUGGGAAGAAAGAAACGAUUUUAAUGAUGAACGAAGAUCUCCCCACACAUCACUGAACAAUAAACUGACUCAUACGUGACUGGAAAUGAGCCGA